GAGACGGUUGCGGUGGCUGGGGUGGUUUUCCGGGAGGAGGAAAGGGGGAUUAGGUGGAGUCGGCGGUUUUGGUGGGGUCAAGGGGUUCCAGCGGGAGGUCAGGGGGUUCCGGCGUUUUCCGACAGGAGGUUAGGGAGUUUCGUCAGGAGGUCAGGAGGUUCCAGCGUUUGGCUUUGGCAGGUGGUUACGGUGGUGGGGUUGGGUUGGGUUAGGAUUUAGAGUAUUUUUUUAUUUAUCCUUUUUUUUUAGAACAAAUAGCUGACUGACACGCGUUCACAGUGAGCCCUACUAACAGAUUUCAUCCAAGAAUCCGUUAGUUGGUGGUGAAAUCAAAUUUGUUGAUUUUUUUUAUGGUGUUAUGAUAAAAGUUUAAGAUUUUAUAGUGUUAUAAUCUAUUUCUUUUGUAUAAUUUGUGGUGGUAUUUUUUAAUUUUUCCUUUUUAUUGAUAAUAUUAUAAUUUUAGGGGUUUACGAAGUAUGGAGUACUCUUCUUCUUUAAAAACUCUUCUUCUUAACAAACCAUUGAUUUGCUGCUCACUCUUACAAGUAUUUCCUCAAGAAGAAGAAAAGCAGCAGCGGUGCGAUGAAUAUGAAGAGCGUCUACUUAUUUAUGACUCAUUUUGGAAGCAGCAUGGCUCACACCUUGUUCGCCAUCCCCAUAGACCUCUGUAAUCGUGAAUGCGACGAGAAAAAACCUUCCGACCAAAGAAGAAUUGAGCCAAUCAUUGAAUUCCCUGCCUCAGAAUACCCUCUAGUGAUGGCCUGUGCGAAACUGGGUUCCAGGCUUUACAUCUUGGGCGGAGAGCGCCAGCGUUCACCUUGUUGUUCCGGUUCAGAGUCGGACCCCAAUCAGAUUUAUCCUCCCGAUGUGUAUGUGCUUGAUGAAAACCGCAACAUACAGAAAUUAAAAGUGGGGAUGAAUACAGGUAAGCCUACUCCGGUGGCGUUCACUGCGGACGGAAAAUUGUUCAUUCUUGGCAGUUGCGGUGGACCAAAUCUGAUUAGCUGCACCAGCCUUAAACCCAUCGACUUACCCUCCUCGUCGUUGCGGUUUUUCGAGGUGUUUGAUCCCACCACCAACGAGUGGACAAUCCUGGAUGACCCACCUGUCACCACCCCCACCAUCUGGGUUUCCUCCCCAGUGGUGGUUGGCCGGAAGGUGUACUUGUAUGGGCGGUUUCUCGGUAAGGGCGGAUCUGGGGUUCUGCUCUCCUUCCAUCUGGACUCGUACCAUUGGGAAUGGGCAGGGAUUGGUUCCAAUGAUGCAAAUUUUCCACAACUUCGCCGCCAUAGGCCCGGUCGCAUUCUAAUUGGUGACACCUACUAUGGGCUCGCCAAGCUAGGUGCCGGGGUGGUGCGCCAGAGGAUAACAGAAGAGGAUGAGCAACUACUAUUCCGCCUCCCUAGAGGUAUACAUAGUCUCAGCACAAAUGGGUUUUGCCACCUUGGGGACUCCAAUUUCUGCACAGUAGUCACUGGCUCUUUACCGGAACCUGGGGUCCCCCUCCAUUUUGGAAUGCUUGAUCAGAAUCGCCGCUUUUUUUCUAUUCGGGUUUUCCGGGAGAUAGAGGGACCGGAACCGCAUUCCAUAUCAACAGACUUGUUGUAUUCUGCUGAUUACCUCUUCCAAUCCACCUACCCCAGCUUUGGCUCCCUCCAUGGGUGUUACCCUUUUGACACUACCCUCCAUUCUAUUGAUUUUGAUGCUAAAGUAUCUCAAGAAAAGAAAAUAGAAGAGGAAGCAUGAGAAAGCAGAGAUAGACGACCAAAGCUUCCUUGAAUUACAAGAAAACAUUCGGAGUAACUUAUUAUGGAAAGAUGAAGAUGUUGGACUCAUCUUAUUUAUGGAAGUAACUUACUAUGAUUGUAUGUAUGUAUGCAUACUAAUUUACUAAUGCAUUUAGUUGUCUAUGCUUAGUCGCGAUAGUUUCCUAAAUGCUAGAAUGUUCUAAUGUGCAAGCAGCGGUUCUGUUGAGUCAUUUUGGAAACAAACAGGAUUUGGCGCUUUAACUCUUUCUUAAGGUUAAAGACAUACUAAUUGUAGUUUUUUUCUACUUAUUGUACUUCUAUAUCUUGAUUAUUCAAGUGCUUUUGGCUUUGCAGCAAAUAAAUAUGAAAGUAUUCAGAUUA